AUAAAACCUUCUACGGUUCUACCACGCAUUUGAUUUAUACCACUAUAAAGAAUAUGCCUAUAAAUAUAUAAAAUUCAUGAUUACCUCCUCAAACCUUACUAGUUACUACUACUAUAACUAUAAGCAUAAACCCCUCCCACUCCAAUAUCUUUAUCCUAACAAGCUUCUUCAUUAUGGCAAAGCAAAAGAUAGUGAUCAAGGUGUCAAUAAUGGACAACCCAAAAUUUAGGUCCAAAGCCAUGAAAAUUGCCGUUGGAAUUUCAGGAGUGGAAAGUGCAGCUAUUGGAGGCGAUAAUAAGGAUCAAAUAGAAGUAAUUGGAGAGGUAGACCCAUAUAAACUCGCAAAACAACUAAGAAAGAGAUUCUGUCGUGCAGAAUUGGUGAGUGUUGGUCCUGUAGAAAAGAAAGAAGAGAAAAAGAAAGAAGAAGCAGUUGUGCCAUGUUCAUGUCCUCUUCCUUAUUAUGGUUACCCUCCUCCUCCUCCUCCUCCUAUCCCAAUGUGUGUUACAUAUCCAUGUCAAGAACCUUCUCCUUGUUCCAUCAUGUGAUUAAUGUCAUCAACAAUGGUCAUGGUCAUAUCUGCUAUUAUAAUUUGUAUCUUAGAUCUCUUUUUAAUAUAUUUGCUCUUUUUAA